UGGCCCGAUGUGGGCUUAUAUCUUGGCCCAUGAGAAUGCUGUCCCUCUCUGGAGAUCCCUGAUGGGACCCACCAAAGUAUUCCGAGCCCGAAACAGCGUGCCGGACUCUAUCCGAGGAGCUUAUGGCCUCACUGACACCAGGAAUACCACUCAUGGUUCAGAUUCACAAGCAUCAGCCAGCAGAGAAAUUUCCUUUUUCUUCCCAGAGUUCAAUGAACAGCUCUGGUACCAGCAGGAAGAACCACGUCUGCGCUGUGGGCAGGUGUAUUACAAUGCAGAGGAGCGUGUCCACUGUGUGUUCAUGGAUGAAGAAAAAGAGUUGACCUGA